AUACAAAGUUAUAUCAGAAAACUCAACUUUAAUCAUGGAAGAUAUCAAUAAAAAAGAUACAAUUUCAUUAUUGCAAAGAGAUUCUAUUAAAAGGAUAAAUACAAAAGGAAGUUUAUUAUCAAUGGCUGUUGUAGUAACGAGUAAUAAAACUUACGGGUACUUAGGAGAUCGAAGAGAAAAACACAUUGAUAUGUACACUAAAGUCUCUUACAUACUAUUUGAUCAUAUGAAGGACUUUAUAAAUGCUUCAGCACGCAUUUUUUACGAAAAAGAAUGGGGCUACCGUAAUCCAGAUGGAACUUAUGGUGGUAUGGUGGGGCGUAUUGUUUCUGGAGAUGCUGACAUGGGAGGGACUGCAGUUUUUAUGAACAAAGAACGUAUCCACAUCAGCAGAUUUAUUGCGCGCUUAAAUCUCAAUGUAAUAAAAUUCGUUUUCAAGCAACCGAAACUUUCGGACAUUACCAAUCUUUUUCUUUUGCCAUUUACACCAGAAGUUUGGUUUGCCCUUAUUGCAUUGAUGAUACUAUUAAUGUUAUCUUUUUACAUUUCAUGGAAAUGGUUUAAAAUUAAAUCAAAGAUAAAUUCAAUUAAGACCAAUCAAAACCACGAAAUUUUGGAUUCCUUUGAUGUUGUAAUAGCUGCAAUAUGCCAACAGGCAUCCAGCGUGAUCCCGCAGGACAUUAUCGGCACAAUAAUUAAGUUUGUGACUUAUUUAUCUUAUUUCAUAUUAUUUGUCUGCUAUAGCGCAAAUAUUGUUAGUCUAUUGCAAUCGCCAUCGCAUAAAAUUAAAACUUUAGAAGAUAUGUAUAAGAGUUCGUUUGAAUUUUCAAAAGUUUUCUAUAUGCAACCAUAUUACGAGUCAUUUGCUCCAAGAUAUCCUAAACUUCAACAAGCAAUUUACUACGAGCGAGGAAUGAGAAAUAAAACAUUUGUUAGUUUUUAUGAUGCAGUCGUGGCCAUCAGAGAUACACAAAUGGCGUUUAUCACUGAUAAAUAUCAAUUAUAUACAAUUAUUGGUACGAAUAUCUAUUUUACUGAUGCUGAAAAAUGCUCUUUGGAUGAAAUGAAAUUUAUUCCUGAAUCUGAGGAUUUAUACAAUCCCGCAUUUAAAGAAUCACCAUAUUUGGAACUAAUGAAAAUAUCCUUUCUAUUGUUUCAAGAAAAUGGCCUAAAAGAACGAGUUCUUUUGAUGUACAUCACGAAAAAACCUCAAUGUCAUUCUCAGGGACCAUUCGAAAGUGCCGAAUUCAAAGCGUGUUUACCACUCAUAAAAGGAUUUCUCUUUGGCAUUUGUUUGUCAAUCGUUUUUCUCAUUAUAGAAAUUGUGAGCUCAAUAUUUAAGCAAAUACGUAAACGAAAUACGCCAAAUAUCUUGAUUAUUAAUGAAGAAUUAAUGAUAAAUGAAAAUAAUAUAAUAUUGAUGGAUCUAAUUGAGCCAUUUUGUAAUUAA